CUCAAAAUUAUCUACAAUUCCAUCGAGAAAAAGGUUCUGAGAUUAACCAGCGAUUACAUGUGUCUAAAGCCAUAAAACUUGUGGCUAAAAAUUUUAAAAGCUCCUACAUUGCUCUUGUGGAAGAUGACUUUCCUUUAUGUGACGGCAAAUGGAAAGAAAUGUUAACAGUUAUAUAUAAUGCAAAUUUACGAGUUCCUAAACAUUGUGGCAUCUUUGUUGGAACGG